UGGCUGAUAAAGAUGGACAGUAACGAUUGCGUAAUAUAAAUUUAUCGGCCUCGUCAUCGAAAGCGGCUUCCAAUUGCUCGGAAAUUUUCAGCUAUAUGGGGGGCUUGGAUGGUGAGCAAAAACUAUUGAUCAAGAAGUUGGUCAAUUUUCGCAUGAAAGAAGGUAAAAGAACGAGAGUUCGUGCUAUUGUUUAUCAAACUUUUCAUCGCCCAGCUCGAACUGAACGCGAUGUAAUCAAACUUAUGGUUGACGCCGUAGAGAAUAUAAAGCCCAUAUGCGAAGUAGCAAAAGUAGGAGUAGCGGGUACUAUUUAUGAUGUCCCUGGGAUUGUAGCCAGGGAUCGUCAACAAACCUUAGCUAUUCGUUGGAUCCUUGAAGCAGCUUUCAAACGACGUAUAAGCUAUAGGAUAAGCUUAGAGAAAUGUUCAUUUGCUGAGAUACUGGAUGCUUACCAAAAGAGGGGAAGUGCACGUAGGAAAAGGGAGAAUCUUCAUGGACUGGCUUCCACCAAUCGAAGUUUCGCGCAUUUCAGAUGGUGGUAAAGUGAGACCACAUAAAGAGCUCUUCGUCAUUCAGUCAGAUUAUUAAGUAAGAUAUGGUUUGACCCUUUUCCUUUUUGUUUUCAUUUUCAUCCAGAAAGCCGGCCUUCCUCAUACUCCUCCCUUCAUUCAUUGAGUUAGAGGAAUCCAUAGGAGGCCCACCCGUUAUGCAUUGCAUGAAAGAACCUUUCUUUUUUGUAUGACUGAGAGGAACGCCUCAGGUCGAAUGAAUACGAAAGGGAGAUCAAUCCAAAGAAACAAAAAAGGCCAUGAAUGAAGAAGUUGGGCCUUUC